CCAGCCGGAGCAAACAACACUCGACGUACACACGGCCAUCUAUCUUGGUCGUGUUCACCGUCUUGGUCGCGAAAAGAAAUGGUGACUAAGCUCGCAGCGCUCAUCGUCUUGGCGGCGUUCCUCGGCGGGCCCCCGGCGUGCGAGGGCGACAUCAUCUGCUUCAACGGCUGGCUGAAGCUACCCAUCCAGGACCCGCGGCUCUGUCCUCAGGGCUCCAGGUCCAGGAUGAACGGCCGUACGCGAGCGCUGGUGCCGGUGCCUCGUCCCUCGGGGUUAGGGCUCGGCCUCGGCUACUACAACAACAGGAGCUCCAAGUCCUACUGCCCGAGAGCGGAAGGGAUCGUGAGGGAUGCCGUGAGCAAGGCCGUGGCCGCGCAACCUGGCAUUGGCGCGGGCCUCAUCCGUCUCUUCUUCCACGACUGCUUCGUUCGGGGCUGCGACGCUUCCGUCCUCCUCAAGACGACCAACUCCAACAACAGCGACACGGAAAUGGAAGGCAACCCGAACAAGAACAGCCUGCGAGGGUUAGAGGUGAUCGAUGCGGCCAAGGCGAAGAUCGAGGCCGCCUGCCCCGGGAGAGUCUCGUGCGCCGACAUCGUCGCCUUCGCCGCCCGCGACGCCUCCUCCAUCCUCAGCAACCGCAGGAUCAACAUCCGGAUGCCUGGCGGCCGCUACGACGGCCGCGAGUCCUUCGCCGAUGAGACCGACCAGCUGCCCGGGCCCUUCUCCGGCGCUACAGUGCUCCUCAACAAUUUCAAGGCCAAGGGGCUCACCUCCGACGAAAUGGUCACGCUCUCCGGCGCGCACACCAUCGGCCGCGCACGCUGCGCGUUCUUCUCUAGCCGCUUCUCUGAAAUGGACCCGACAUUUGCCGCCAAACUCAGGGCCCAGUGCAACGACGACAACACCAACGUGGACCAAGAACAUGUGACCCCCGAAGUCCUGGAUAUGCGCUACUACCAGGAUGUGAUUGACGGAAAAGCGUUGUUCACCUCGGACGCCGUGCUCAACUCGGCCGAAACAAUAAAGCAGGUGACAGAAAACGCGAAAAAGGCAGGGGCGUGGGAGAGGAAGUUCGAGAGAGCCAUGGAGAAUUUGGGGAAAAUCGGGGUCAAGACCAAAGCCGACCAAGGCGCAGAGAUCAGGAAGGUAUGCUGGAGAGUCAACAACUAACGUUGGGUAGGAGUACCUAGUAGAAUGCAUGGUGGUUAGCUGGCUCCAUGGCGGGAUUGCCCGAUGGAGAAGAUGUAACACUUUUCUGUCAAUCACUUUUUAACAA